AGACGCAGGAUUAUGUGGUAAAUGGCAUGUUUCUUUUGGUUGCAGGGUCCUAUUAAGCUGAUAAGUGUUGUUGAUGGACGAGAAUUUGAUCGAAUAAGAGGCAGUGGUUUGUGAGAUUACGAGAGCGAGAUGGACUCGCCGGGCGGGCAGCAGAGCAUCCGCAGGAAGAAGAUGACGAAACAGCUGACCGGGAAACGGGACGACACGCCGCUGCAUUCCGCGGCCAGAGCAGGGAAUUUAGUGGUGGCGAAGGAGAUUCUCUCGGGAACGAAUGACGGAGAACUGAAGGAUCUGUUGUGCAAGCAGAACCAGGUAGGAGAGACUGCUUUGUUCGUGGCUGCCGAGUAUGGCUACGUCGAUGUGGUGCACGAGAUGAUGAAGCAUUACGACGUUGCGAUGGCGGAGAUAAGGGCCAAGAAUGGGUACGACGCUUUGCACAUCGCCGCCAAGCAAGGGGAUGUAGGUACAGCAAAUGUCAUCAUCUCUAGCUAUUGCGCCUGUCAUUUUUUGCUCGAUCUCAUUCAACUCCUGAAUCGGCCAGAUGUGGUGAAGGAGCUGCUCAAAGCUCUUCCGGAGCUCUCGCUGACGGUGGACUUGUCCAACACCACCGCGCUAAAUACGGCGGCAACACAGGGCCACAUCGAUGUGGUGAACCUCCUGCUCGAAACUGAUAAGAGCCUCGCACUGAUCGCCAGGAGCAACGGCAAGACUGCGCUGCAUUCCGCCGCAAGAAAUGGGCACUUGGAAGUCGUCAAGGCUCUUCUAAGAAAGGAAUCCGCGAUUGCCACCAGAACUGACAAGAAAGGCCAGACUGCACUUCACAUGGCAGUGAAGGCAACAAGCCUGGAGUUGGUAGUGGAGCUUCUUGAGUCCGAGCCCUCUUUGCUUAACCUGGUGGACACGAAGGGCAACACAGCACUGCAUAUAGCAGCAAGGAAAGGCCGCGCUCAGAUCGUCAAGAGAUUACUUGAGCUCAAGGACCUUGAGAUCAAAGCUAUCAACAAGUCAGGGGAGACAGCCCUCGACACUGCGGAGAAGAUGGGGCACAUGGAGGUUGCCAGCGUCCUCCUGGAGCACGGUGUGCCGAGCGCAAGGACCAUGAAGCCCCCUCCUGCGAACCCGGCGCGGGAGCUAAAGCAGACGGUGAGCGACAUCAAGCACGAGGUUCACUCGCAGCUGGAGCACACACGCCAGACGCGUAGGCGCGUGCAGGGGAUCGCGAAGAGGCUCAACAAGCUCCACCAGGAGGGCCUCAACAACGCCAUCAACUCCAACACCGUCGUCGCCGUCCUCAUCGCGAGCGUCGCAUUUGCCGCCAUCUUCACGGUUCCCGGGGAAUACGUGGAGUCCGACAACUUAGCUCCCGGGCUGACGCUAGGAGAAGCCAAUGUGGCGCAUCAAACGCCGUUCAUGAUCUUCUUCGUAUUCGACUCGGUGGCUCUUUUCAUAUCCUUGGCCGUCGUGGUGGUGCAGACGUCCGUGGUGGUCAUCGAGAGCAAGGCCAAGAAGCAGAUGAUGGCCAUCAUCAACAAGUUGAUGUGGAUAGCCUGCGUGCUCAUCAGCGUCGCCUUCCUCGCCCUCUGCUUCAUCGUCGUGGGGCGUACACAGAAGUGGCUGGCGAUCGGGGUGACGGUCAUAGGGACGGUGAUACUGGCGACGACGCUGGGCACCAUGCUCUACUGGGUGAUUGCCCAUCGAAUCGAAGCCAAAAAGAUGAGGGAAAUCCGGCGGGCAACGCUCGGUCGAUCGCGGUCGUGGUCCGUCUCUGGGAUGUCAGACAGCGAGUGGGUCAACAAGGAGUACAAGAAGAUGUACGCCAUCUGA